AGUUUAUAUUAUUAUUUGAGCAAGUAAAAAAUUGAACCUGAUUCUUAUGUUCCAGUAUUUAUGGUAUGCCAAUUUUUAAGUAUAAUACUGUUAGUAUACGACACAAAUAAGUCUCUUGAAAAUGACAUCGGGGCCCGAACAUUCAAUUAUAAUAAAUCGGCGCCACAUUUUACACAGACACCUGAAUAAAAGUUAACAAAUAUGGCUGCAGUUAUACAGACUGGACCAUACAUGUGCAUCAGCUGACGUCUCAUGAUUUUUCUGUCUGAAACCUUCCUAUUGAAAGGGCAAACGAAGAAUAACACAAGGAAAUGAUAUAUCCUGGAAGAUGACCAGUGUGCAGCCUUCAUCUCUGUUCAGUCAGUGUAUACAGUUUGUGGCUGAACAUGUUGAUUUGGUGGAGGACUUUUGCGGAUUCCCGGCCCAAAUUGGAGAGAAGAUAUUUAGUAUUGUAGCUGAGUACCAGAGAUUUUACACAGACUUUGAAUAUUCAAAUAAAGCUUUGUGCCUCUUCAGUGAAGCUUUUGGUGCAGAGAUGUUAAAUGGCCUAAAUAUUGCAGGAGAGCAUCUUUGCUUAAACUAUCACUUAGAUCAGCUGCUCUUGUUCUGUGACCUGACUGCACUUGAUGUAUCUCAGUGUGGACUGGGGGAUGACCAUGAAAUACUUGCUAACAUUGCAAACUUGUACAGACUGGAGGUCCUCAUCUUGAGUGGAAACGCAGUCACUGACGAUGGGGUCAGGAAGAUGUCUGUCCCUUUCAGGAUGUUCCAGAGAGGACCAUGCAACCUGUCAACUGUAGAUCUGUCAGGUAAUGGAGGCAUCACUGUGCAGUGUUUGAGGUGCCUGUCAUCUUUCCCUAAGUUGGAGAAUGUAAUUCUCACUAGACGACAGUCCAAACAGAAAAGACCUGCAGUCAAGGGCUGGAGUGUUACUAAAGGGACUUCAGGGUUGACCCCAGAGGUGACCACACAAGGCUGGGCCCGGCCCGUCAUAGCGACAUGGAUAAGGCAGAACUCAGCAAGGAUUAAACAGCCUAAAAUCAGGACCAGCUUGAAAUUCUAUAACAGGCAGAUUCCUGAAGUUCACGCAGACAGUAAGCAAGAUGAUGAUGAAGAUUUACUAAUUGCUACUAGAGUUACUGAACCUGAUGGUCAAAGUUUGAUGGACAAUGGCAGACUGAAACUGGACAAUUCUUCGGAUAAAGAAAACAGUGCUGACAUUGACCAAAUGAUGGAACUGUAUGGUAGUCGUAGAAAUGAAGUUGAAAAAUCUCAUAAGGGAUUCAUAGAUCAGUUGAAGAAGGUAGAUGUUGUCCAGAAUGAAAACAUUAUCUUCAAUCAAAAGAGUCUAGUGAGUGACAGGAUAAGGGGUUUGCUUAACAUGACUGCUGAAGUUAAAGGUAAAGUUUAUAUUGGAGGAAAAGCAUUAAAGCCAAAAUUGUCGAAUAAGUUCAAUGGUUCCCUGGUAGUGAUAAAUCGAAGAGUGGACAGGGAUAUGAAAAGGCAUCCUUCAUGUGAGUCAAGUAUCUUACUUAAGACUGAGAAAACACACCAGGAGAAGAAGAUAGAAACAGUUCAAGAGAAUGUUUGGAAGCCGGAGAAAACAUCUAUUUCAGUUAAUAAAACCACUAAAGAUUGUAUUCACUCAGGUCAAAAUGUGCAUAAUUGUUCACAAGUGCCUAUUAAAAGAAAGAAAAUCAAGAUUUUAAAAAGAAAGCUUGAAGAAACAGAUGAACAGUUUUGUGAAAGUUCAAAUGAAUUAAUGGAGAAAAAUAACUGGUCUCCUAAAGAGAAUUCAAAAAGAGCUAAGAAAACUAAAACUUCUUUCUUUGAUGCAUUGGAUGGAUAUAAUUGAUAACUGCGCAGCCAGGAAUGAAAACAACAGUAUAAUCCAUUCCUAGUUUUCAACGUUUUCCUAUAAAUUACCCAAAAUCAAUUUAAAGUCUUAUAACUCAUACCUUAUCAUUAUAACUUUUUCCAUUUAUGUACAUGUAUUAAAGUCGCACUCUGAAAUUUGACCUGUUUAUUUGUUUAUAUUCACAAAUAAUAAUA